AUGUCUACUGUUGAAAAGAUCAAGGCCAUCGAGGCCGAAAUGGCCAAAACACAAAAGAAUAAGGCGACCAAUUUUCAUCUUGGUCAGCUUAAAGCCAAACUAGCAAAAUUGAGAAAAGAGUUGAUUUCAAGUGCUUCUGGAGGUGGUUCUGGUCCAGGUAUUGGAUUUGACGUUGCAAAAACAGGAGUUGCUUCUGUGGGAUAUGUGGGCUUUCCAUCUGUUGGAAAAUCUACAUUAUUGAACAAAUUGACUGGAACCCAUUCAGAGGCAGCUGAAUACGAAUUCACAACAUUAACCACUGUUCCUGGAGUUAUUAAAUACAAAGGUGCUAAGAUUCAGAUGUUAGAUUUGCCUGGUAUCAUUGAAGGUGCCAAUAGUGGACGAGGUAGAGGAAAACAAGUUAUAGCUGUUUCUAGAACUUGUAAUUUGAUUUUUAUUGUCUUGGAUGUUAACAAGCCUUUGAUCCACAAAGAGAUAAUAGAGAAAGAGUUGGAGGGUGUUGGUAUAAGACUUAAUAAAGUUCCACCAGAUAUUAUAAUCAAAAAGAAAGAGAGAGGAGGAGUCAACAUCACCAAUACUGUUCCCUUGACCAGACUAGACAAAGACGAAAUAAGAGCUGUCAUGUCUGAGUAUCGAUUAAAUUCAGCAGACAUUGCUUUCAGGUGCGAUGCUACAGUAGAUGAUCUCAUUGAUGCAAUUGAAAUUAAAACCAGAAGAUAUAUUCCAGCGGUUUAUGUCUUGAACAAAAUUGACUCAAUAUCAAUCGAAGAAUUGGAGUUGUUAUACAAGAUCGAGAAUUGUGUUCCUAUAUCCUCCAAAGAAGGCUGGAAUCUCGACGACUUGUUGGAGAUGAUGUGGGAUAGAUUGAACUUGGUGAGAGUUUACACUAAACCAAAGGGCAAACUACCAGACUUUGACGAGCCAGUCGUCUUGAGAUCAGACAGAUGUUCAAUUGAAGACUUUUGCAACCAGAUCCACAAGAGUUUGGUUGCUGAUUUCAAAACAGCAGCUGUGUAUGGCUCCAGUGUCAAACACCAACCUCAAUAUGUUGGAUUAAGCCAUAUUUUGAAAGAUGAAGAUGUAGUUACAAUUCUCAAAAAAUAG